CAAGCAAAUCGUGCUUUCUUCCAUCUCCCAUUCUCGAAGCACCCACUCCAGUCGUGUCUCGGUCCAGUCGAGUCUCGGGCCACUGGGCCGUUCCUCCCUUCUUCCGCGAUUCCCUCAACACCUUCUUCCGCGAUUCCCUCCCCCGCCCGGCCGCCCCCCUCGUGCUCCUCCCAUCCGCGGAACCGGAAGAAGAACUUAAUAAGAAGUGCCUGAGUUGACAUAAAGGGGGCGGCAGAAGCUUAGAAUGCGAUUAUCGCCGGGGCAGUUGUGGCGCGGAACUUGAAAGGCAGGUAGAAUUGAAAGGAAGAUGACUGAUGUGGAGGGGCAGCCGCCGCCUCAGAUCAGCAGCAGCAUGUCUAAGGUGCAAGACGGCAGUGGUGGUAAUCCAAAUCUUGCGAAGGAAUGUCACAUUCUGGGGAGUGAGCUUUGGACCAACGGGCUCAUCUGUGCUUUCGAGCUCGUCAAGGGUCACAGGAAGAUAGUUCAUCACAAAUCAUGGCCAGCAAUUGAGCUCGCGCAGGAGAAAGUUGUGCAUAUGAAGAAGCACAGAGGUAGGGAUGGGCAUCAUGUCGUGAACCCAACACCAGAUGAGAGCAAUGUAGUAGAAAUCCCUGGCCAGACGGAGUUAGGUAACGAUCCUUCUGUGCUCAAAGAUAGGCCACCAUAUCCUGCGGAGAUUCUCGAUCACAAAUGGGUGCCGAUUGGAUGGUCUAGGAUUGGCGAGCUGAUCCAAAGGGUUCAAUCAGAUGCAAGCUGGGAGAAUGAACAGGUGAUGAUAAGCGACAGUGAGGAUGAUUACACUGUAGCUGAUGUUGCGGCUCCGUACUGGCAGCGUCCCGGGGGGCCUACAUGGUGGUUCCAUGUCACUGCAGGCCAUCCUUAUGUCGACGCAUGGUUGAGUAGUGCUCACUGGAUGCAUCCGGCUAUCAGAACUGCACUGAGAGAUGAAAGCCGACUGAUAAGUGAUCGGAUGAAGUACCUUCUCUAUGAGGUCCCAGUUAGAGUUGCAGGAGGACUGUUAUUUGAGCUUCUUGGACAGUCAGUCGGAGAUCCGAAUCAUGAAGAGGAAGACAUACCCAUUGUACUUCGGUCUUGGCAGGCCCAAAAUUUUCUUCUAACUGCAAUGCAUGUCAAAGGUCAUUCACCCAACAUAAAUGUUUUAGGAGUGACUGAAGUGCAGGAGUUGCUUAUUUCUGACGGAAGUCAGACGCCUAGAUCAGUUCAUGAAGUAAUUGCACAUUUGGUCAGUCGUCUUUCACGAUGGGAUGACAGAUUAUUCCGUAAGUAUAUCUUUGGGAAAGCAGAUGAAAUUGAAUUAAAGUUCGUGAAUAGGAGAAAUAGUGAAGAUCUGAACCUAGUCAGCAUCAUAUUGAAUCAAGAAAUCAGAAGGUUAGCAAAACAGGUGAUCAGAGUUAAAUGGUCGCUACACGCAAGGGAAGAGAUCAUACUUGAGCUUCUCCGACAUUUAAGGGGAAAUGCCACAAGAGCCAUUUUAGAGAGAGAGAGGAAAUCUGCACGGGAGAUGUUGGAGGAGCAGGAAGCUGUCCGCGGUCGUCUGUUCACUAUUCAGGAUGUCAUGCAGAGCACAGUUCGUGCAUGGUUGCAGGAUAGAAGCCUUCGUAUUACCCACAAUUUGGCUGUUUUUGGAGGUGGCGGCAUAGUUCUAUCCAUAAUCACUGGCCUUUUUGGAAUCAAUGUUGAUGGCAUACCGGGAGCUCAGAAUACUCCGUAUGCUUUUGGAUUGUUUGCUGGACUUCUUUUCUUUAUCGGAGCCGUCCUUGUUGGCGUUGGACUGAUGUAUCUCGGGUUGACAAAACCAGUGACCAGUGAGAAGGUAAACGUGAGGAAGCUGGAGCUCCAGCAGCUGGUUUCAGUGUUCCAGCGAGAAGCAGAACAGCAUGGCAAAGUCAGGGAAGGUCUCAGCCGACAUGGCUUGUCAUCGGGCUCGUCUUCAGCCUCCCCCGGUGAAGGCUAUAUUCUGAUUUCCUGAGGGGACAGAUGUUGCCAAGGGGGAAAUCCAUGCUUGAAACUUUGAAAGAGAGGCUUAGGCCACCACCGUUUGUAACCUGGCAUUUUUUUUUCACUUCUUAUAAACAUCAUCGCUGAUUUGUUUUACGUCCUCAUUCGUUUUUGUGGCCGUUGA